AGUAAUUUCGUCGAUUACUUCCUACAGUACUUACUUAUGUAUCCACUAGUAUAAUACGAAUGAUACUAUUGAUACUAUUCAUAGCAUACACCAUUAAUGAUUUUGAUUUAAGGCUUGGUGGUUGACAAAUUUCAUUUACUCUUUGAUCAACAAUCCAAGUGUUUAGUCAUAAAUUGUGUGUGCUCCCACCAGUGAAGUAAUAAAAUAUAAAUUGUUUUGUAAAAUUUGAUAGUUUUGUGUUUUUGUUUAGAGAAAACUAUAUAGCAUGUCUUCUUCACCGAGCCCACCAAAAAAAAUAAAACGCGUAACAUUAACACCUUAUUCUGAAAACAUACCUACAUCAAAUACUAACCUCAAUGAUGUUUUAAAGGCAAUUGAGAGUAUCAAAAAGGAUACAGAAUCCUUACAAAACCAAUUUAACGUCCUUCAAGGACAGAUCAAGUUUGUUGCAGAAGCACUGGCGGAAAAUAAAGUAUUGUUGACCAAAAUUUUAAAGGAAACAUACGAAGAAAUUCCGGUAAUACAGAAGUUUCCAAUAAAAUCUGAAGAACAAUUAAUUGAAAUUGACAAGGAAAUAAAUGCUGAAAAUAGAAAUCAAUAUAUAAAAGCAAUGAGAUCAAUGCUAGAACCAGCCGGGGUUCACAAAAACUUAAAAUGCAUCCUAAACGACAAUGUUACCAUGGCCUACAAUGUCGACGGUGUUCAAGGGAAGAAAAGUUUUAAACAACUUAAAAACUUUUAUGGUGUUCUGUUAGAAGCGGUCUCAAUGGCCAAAACAAAUAAUAUUGGUCCAGCGGAUGACCAAAUUCGGAAGGCAAUUCAAUUGCAGAAAAGAAGAAUUUUUAAAAAUAUGUCGGUGCAAAGACAUGCUGAUCAAAAAUAAGCCAGACAAAUAAAUUUAUUUCAGACGUUUAUUUUCAUUAUUUGAAGUAUUUUUGGUUUUGUUUUAAAUAAAUAAUUUUGUAUUUUUUGAAUUAAA